UCUCUGUCUACGUGCCAGUUACCUCGUACAACCUCUCUCAUCCAGCCUACAUCAGCCGGGGCUCACAGGAUGCUGAGCUGAGACACUUGAAGGACUUCACAGCAACAACAGGUAUUUGAGAAUUUGGACAAAAUGGUUCGAUUUUUCCAAAUACUGAUGAAAAAGAAGGAGCUGAUCCCUCUGGUAGGGUUCAUUACUUUUGCAGCAACAGGAGCAACUUCUACUGCUGUCUACUUUCUAUUUACUAAAACUGAUGUUAUUCUGAAUAAGACCAACAACCCAGAACCAUGGGAGAGAGUCGACCCAACAAAACCACAAAAGCUCAUCACCAUAAAUCAGCAGUGGAAACCCGUGGAGGAGCUGCAGAUGGUGAGGAGCCUUACCAAGUGAAAUUAAAUUAAAAAAAAAGGCGGGCAUCUACUAGAAAGAUCCACAGACUGACCACAAGCCUGCCCCCCCAUCAGUCUAACAGAAUCCUUUCUGCACAAACUAGGAUGCUUUGACAGUCAGUGUGCGGAAAUGCUUCUGCUCCACUGGUGGGGUUUCAACCUGCUCUGUAGUGACCCCCAGCUCAAGGACAUCCAUCCACACCAGUACUAAACUAUUGUAACAGAUACUUAUACUGCCAUGAAAAACUAACAUACUGUUAUUCUGUGAAUACAGCUAGAGAUGUGUUUUUACUGUAUAUUUAACAAGCUGUGGCGCUUCUUUUGACAGAGAAGUUGACCUCUUAAAGUAUAUGUCAAUGUACGAUAGUGUCUGAAUGUGAACACAAAACAUAUUGCACUGUACCGCGUCAAUAAAUUAUUGCUGUGA